AUGGCUUCUACCGCAUCUGUCAGCCGACGCAAGUCCAACGGGGGCAAGGCCGAUCUUCUCGUCGUCACCCUGACCGUCAGUGCCGACAAGUUGAAGAAGAUCCUCGAACCCGACUCCCCCAAGGAAGAUUCGCCCGUCAAGAUGGACGUUGAUGAGACAAAUGGAACCAAGGAAACCCAAGAAUCCCAGGACUCUCCCGCCACGUCAACGACAUUGCCUGCGCCCAUUGCCACCAACGGAGAAACUGCAUCGGACUCGAACCCUGGCACGCCUGCUGGUGACGGCACCCCCGCGCCUACGUCAAUGGGCCCUCCCAUGGAGGGAGUCAAGAAGAAGGGCACCAAGCGUGGCUCUAGCGCUAUCAACGGACUCGGUCCCGAUGGCCAGCCCAAGGUUCGAGGCAAGCCGGGUCCCAAGAAGAAGGCGCGACUUGAGGAUGGCACAAUCGAUCCGAAUGCUCGCGGUGGCCCCGGUGGACACAAGCUGGGGCCCAAGGCGAACCAAGGUGCCAUUAACGCCGGUCUUCGCGCUCUCGACCGAUCUGGCAAGCCUUGUCGCAAGUGGGCAAAGGGUGGCUUCACGCUCAAGAGCUUCACGGGCAUCGUCUGGGAAGUCCCUCGAUGGGUCGCGCCGCCCAAGACCGCGCCCGAGUCCAGCACCGGAGACUCUGCUGCAGCUUCCGUCGACAGCAGCACCAAGGAGAAUAAGGAGAACGGCCAGAUCAAGAGCGACGCCAACAGUGCCGCCAACAGCGGCGUCGACGUUGAGAUGCGGAGCGCACAGGGCAGUGUCCCGGCGAGCUCGCCGGGACCGAUGGCUAUUACUGCCGCGUCAUAG